CUUGUGUUUCAUUCCCAUAGCAUACCUGUUACAAAAGCCACCUCGGUAUGAAAACACGUGUGGUUUGUUUAUAUUUGCAAAUGCUGUUUUCGGAGCUUGUUCCUCGUGUAUUAUAGACUUUAUUUGCCUUAACUAACUAUCGCACUUUGGCAUGAAGUUCUCAUAUAAGUUUUCUAAUUUGCUCGGCGCAAUAUAUCGCAAUGGAAACUUACAAUUUACUCCAGAUGGUAAUAGCAUUAUCAGCCCGGUCGGCAAUAGGAUUUCAAUAUAUGAUUUGAGAAACCACAAGUCGCGCACACUAUCACUUGAGUCGCGUUACAAUUAUGUGAACAUAGCGUUGUCCCCGGAUGGUAGUUUGCUGAUUGCAGUGAAUGAAGUGGGUCAAGCACAGCUUAUUAGUAUGGUAUCAUGUGCUGUAAUUCAUCGCCACAAGUUCCGUUCAAAACCACAAUGUGUAGUUUUUAGCCCUGAUGGUACACAUUUCGCAGUCGCUAUAGACAAUCUUGUGCUGAUUUUCGCUUCACCUGGUGAGUUAACCGGGGAAUACAGUCCAUUCGUCCUGAAGCGUCGCUUUCUUGGUGGAUUCGAUGACGUCACCUGGCUAGAUUGGUCGACCGAUUCGCGCUUUCUAGCCGUUGGCAGUCGUGAUGGCACAACCAAAAUUGUUGGGUUACGUUUAUUCACAAAUUUUCGUACCUACGUAUUGUCUGGACAUACCGACGCUAUUAUUGCAAGUUUCUUUGAGCGCAACAGUAUGCAUGCGAAUUCACUGAGUCGCAGUGGGCAGCUUUGUCUGUGGGAAUGCAGUUGCAAUCCUUCAGAUAUGGAAGACUUUACAGCAGAGCAACGCGAAGCUCUAAAAUAUAUGACGAACAAGAAAAAGAAAAAGGUUGUCAAAACUCAGGACGAGGAAUCCGAGGAUGACGUGGAAGAUAAAGAAAAAGCGCGCGACGACAAUGAAGCGGAAGCUGAACCAGAAGAUGAAAACGAAGUUAAGGACCCUGCAGUCAGCAAAACACAUGUUUUUUCGUACAAAAAACUUUGCCGACAUUACUUGGGCAAUGAGCCACGGAAAAGUAACUAUAAUGCCGUAGUAACAGCGGCGCAUUAUAAUAAUCGUACCAAAAUAUUAGUGGUAGCCUUCAGUAUCGGUACAUUCUACCUUUACGAGCUACCUGAUGUCAAUAUGAUACAUUCGCUGAGUAUUUCCGACUAUGCUAUAUCGGUUGCGCUAUUCAAUGGCACCGGUGAUUGGGUAGCACUAGCCUCACGCGAAUUAGGACAGUUACUUGUGUGGGAAUGGCAAAGCGAACAGUAUAUUAUGAAACAACAAGGUCACAGUAGUGAAAUGACUUGUAUCAGCUAUUCACCAGAUGGUCAAUAUAUAGCUACAGGUGGCGAGGACUCUAAAGUAAAGCUGUGGAACACACAAAGUGGCUUCUGUUUUGUUACAUUCAGUGAACAUAGUAGUGGAGUUACAGGCAUACAAUUUAGUCGCAAUAAAAAUUUCCUAGUGAGCUGUUCACUGGAUGGCACAGUGCGCGCAUUUGAUAUCAAUAGAUACCGCAAUUUCCGUACAUUCAGUUCGCCCGAACGCGUGCAAUUCUCAUGUGUAGCCAUUGAUCAUUCAAGUGAGUUUGUUGUUGCCGGUUGUCAGGAUGUUUUCGAAAUGUACCUGUGGUCAGUGAAAUUGGGUAAAUUACUUGAAGUGAUAAGCGGUCACGAAGGCCCUGUCUGCUCGGUAGCCUUUUCACCCAUAUCUACGAUGACCACACUUGUGUCAGGUUCUUGGGAUAAAACGGUUAAAAUAUGGAAUUGUCUUGAAAAUAAUAGCGAGCAUGAAACAAUUGAUGUGUUUGCAGAUGCGACAUGUGUAACAUUUAGUCCUAGUGGUGAGCACAUUGCAGUCGCCACACUCAAUGGUCAUAUAACGAUUUUCGAUGUGAAAACAGCGACACAAAUAGGUUGCAUAGAGGGGCGCAACGAUUUAGCAGGUGGCCGCUACGGAAGCGAUGUGAUAACAGGCAAAAAGAACUUGGAGGGCAAAUACUUCACUUCCAUUGAAUAUUCUGUUGACGGUGAAUGCAUUAUAGCCGGUGGUAAUUCACAUUACAUAUGUAUUUAUCAUGCGCGCGAAGCGUUGUUAUUGAAGAAGUUCGAGAUAACACAAAACCAUAGCUUGGAUGGUUUGGACGAGUACAUAAAUCGUCGCAAUCUUACGGAAUUCGGUAAUAUGGCGCUCGUUGAGACGCGUGAGGAACUGGAGGGCGGCAACGUGGCAAUUGGUCUACCUGGUGUGCAAAAGGGUGACAUGGCAAGUAGGAGCCUCAAACCGAAAAUCAAAGUUUUCUCAGUGCGCUUCAUGCCAACGGGGCAAGCGUAUGCCGUAGCCUGCACUGAGGGAUUGUGCCUGUUCUCUUUAGAUAAAGGUGUUGUUUUCGAUCCUUUCCACUUAUCCUUGGAGGUGACACCUAAGGCAAUACGGGAGUCGUUAGAUAAAAAUGAUUUUACGAAAGCACUGGUUAUGUCUCUAAAAUUAAAUGAGCCUCAUCUCAUAUAUAUGGUGUUGGAGAAAAUUCCACACAAAGAUAUAAAACUUAUUUGUUCGACACUGCCUGAAACAUUUGCGCAGCCUUUGCUUCUAGUAGUUGCCCGUGGCUUACAGACCUCUACACAUCUGGAAUUCUACUUAAAUUGGUGUUGCAGUUUAUUAACUACAUAUGGCAACAAGAGUGAUUUGUUGCAGCAUCAUGGAUUGUUACCGCUACAGGAAAGCCUAUCACAAAAAUACGAAUUGCUUAAUCGCAUCUGCGAUUUCAAUAAAUAUACCAUGCGCGUACUAUUGAAUGCGGCAAAAGAGCGAAGUAAACAGCGUGAAACUUUAGGAGCAACUCAUACAAUCUCUACAGAAGCGCAAAAUAAUAGUAGCAAUAAUGAAGAUGAUGAUGAAAUGUUCCUAAUCAAAUCGAAGAGCAAUGAUGGAACAGUGGCUGAAUUUGAAGACGACGCGGAAACUGAUAGCGAAAGUAAUACUGAGUGAAGAUUAAAAAAAAAAA